AUGCUAUCUCUUGCCCUUCAAACUGUUCUUCUCUUAGUACUCUUCGUCCCAUCCGUCUUUCUGUGGCGACGCUACACCUCUUCCGUUCGUCGUCUUAACGGACCUCCGAGUGCCUCCUUCUGGCGAGGUUGUAACCUCGGACAAAUAUAUGCUCGAGACGGAUGGCGCUACCAUCGUGAGCUCGUGGAAAAAUAUGGUGGAGCGGUUAAGAUUCAUGGCCUUUUAGGCUGCCAUCAGGUUUAUGUCUCUGACCCGAAGGCUAUGUACCACAUGCUGGUGAAGGAUGCAGCUAUUUAUGAGGAGACGACAUGGUAUACCGACGGAAACAUGCUUGUCUUUGGACCGGGUCUUCUGUCCACAGUCGGGGACCACCACCGGAAGCAACGCAGAAUGCUCAACCCCGUCUUCUCGAUCAAGAAUAUUCGGAAUCUCACUCCGAUGUUUUACUCCGUCGUGCAGAAGCUAAGGGACGCAAUCCUACUCCAGACGAAGAACGGUCCACAUGAAAUUGACAUGCUCAUGUGGAUGUCCCGCGCUGCGCUAGAGAUAGUUGGGACAGGUGGACUCGGGACGUCUAUUGACCCACUUGUCCCCGACCCCAAGGCAAUAACUGCAUAUGGAAAGUCCAUCAAAGAUCUAAUUCCAUGCGCGUUUCGGCUUAGCAUGUUUCGGAUGUUCAUCCCAUUCUUCAAGAGUCUGGGACCGCCAGCUUUUCGUCGUUUAUUGCUGGAGCUCACACCAUCUUCAAAUCUACAACGAAUCAAACAUACAGUCGACGUCAUGACUGAGACCUCGGAAAGUAUCUAUCGAGAGAAGCUUCAAGCUCUAAGAAAGGGAGACGAGGUGGUUAUCAAACAACUGGGAGAAGGGAAGGAUGUCAUGAGUAUUUUACUGAAAGCCAAUACAUCUGCGGCGGCCAGCGAACGUCUCCCCGAAGACGAGCUGAUCGCACAAAUGAGCACUUUCAUGUUUGCCGGACAUGACACGACUUCGAGUGCCCUAUCGCAAAUUCUGUACUGCCUUGCAAAGAAUGCAGGGGAGCAGAAUAAGCUCCGGGAGGAAAUUAUUACUUCGGGCAUUGUUGACCGAGACGAAGUUUCUUAUGAUGAACUUAUGACUCUUCCAUACCUUGAUGCCAUUUGCAAGGAGACUUUACGAGUGCACCCUCCGAUUAAUUUUAUGGCUAGAACUGCUCGCAAGGAUGUAAUUCUCCCCCUUGGCACUCCUUGCAAGUCCGAGGACGGGCAGUCUGAAAUGGACCACCUUUGCAUCCGCGAGGGUCAGAAUCUCAUCGUGGCAUUCGGUGCUGUAAACCGACUGAAAUCCGUGUGGGGAGCGGACGCAGAAGAGUGGAAACCUGAGCGUUGGCUCGCUCCGCUUCCAAAAUCUGUUGCAGAUGCACAUAUCGCGGGAGUCUACUCGUCUUUGAUGACCUUCAGCGCUGGGCCGAGGUCUUGCAUCGGCUUCAAGUAUGCCGAACUAGAAAUGAAGAUGAUUCUAGCCGUACUCGUCAAGUCGUUCAGAUUCGAGCUUCCCACUGACAAGACGAUUGUGUGGAACCUCGGUGGAAUACAGACACCUGCAAUCCAGGGGUCGGAAACGGCAAGGCCGCAAUUACCUCUCUGGGUCUCGAGGAUCUGAGAAAGCCCUUUGAAUGAGCUCCACAACUAUCGCGGAUAUCGGCAUCUGCCGUGCUCUGAAUCCGCGACCAUUGACGAGCUGGCGAUCUGGGGUGAAGUUUCAAGAAGGACGAAUUCCUCUCGUGUUCUCUUUCAAUUAUGCUUAAUUUUUCGAUUAUCGAAUUCAACUCCCGAAAUGUAUUCUUAGCUCGCGCAAUGUUAUCGUCGAGAUGUUUAUUCUUUCACUGUAUAUUACAACUUACAUACAAUCUUGUACAGUAUAAUAUCCAAAUAGUAAUUUUUACGACAAU